UGGUUCCUGUAGGCACACCCAGGUAAAUGUGUAAUGUGCCAGAGUUCUUCCCCACCCACAGGUGUUCAGAGCUGUGAUUGUCUCUCCUGAGUGUGAGUCUGCUAUGUGCCUGAGGUCUUGGCUGUGCUGUCCAACUUACUGCGCAGAAGAGGAACCAUCCCGGGCCUUGCCAUGGACCUCAGAGUGUUCAUGGAGGCCCAAAGAGGGCAUUGAAUGCUCUGGAAGUAGUGGUGAUGACAGUUGUGAGCCAACAGGAAGACCGAAAUGCUACUCACUUCACCUUGGAGUCCUUCCCUUCAUUGUGCUUGUCUUAGUCUUCUUUGGGUAAGAAGGACACAGGCUGCUAUGGAUUCCUGAGCCACAGAAUCCAGGAAUUCAGGAACCCAGGAGGUGAGACUUGCAUGGCUACCAGGCAGACGGAUGUCCAGAAAGUUGAUGGCCUAUCCACAGCCAAACGUGCUAACACCCACGUGAGUAGAGUUAGUCCCUGCAUGCGUAGACCAGAAGUUGUAAAGCACUAAAGGUGAUUUGCUUGCCUUAGUGGAAUAGUUCAUUGGCACACCUGAGGCCCUGAGUCAGUCUCCAGCACUGGAUAAAACUGAACUCACAAAAAACAAAGACAUGAUUGUAAUUCUCAUUGACAUCACUUUACCAACACUUUCAGCAUCUUAGGGGCGUUUGAUUAAGUAUAUGGCACUGAGAAUCUCCUUUUACAUUUGGGCUUCUGGCCCAUGCUUCCUGUCUCUGUCAUCAGGAAUUUUUAAGAGAUGUGGUGAGUGUGGUGAUACUAAAAUUCAGUUGCUUUCAUGGCUGGGGUGAGGGGUUAUAAUAGCUUGUCAUGGUGGCAUGCACCAUCCCAGCAGUGUUUAUAGAGGGAAGAGAAAUGGAACUAGGCAACUUUCUGGACAGGCUAGCCAAUUAGUGAGCUUCAGAUCAAUGAAGCAACCAAGUCUGAAGAAAAUCAAAGAUGUAUUCAAAUGACACCCAAAGUCAUUGAGAGCUGCUUCUGCUUGGCCCAGGUCCUCUGGGAGGGUGAUCAGCCCUGGAGGAAGGUGAGGGUUUGGAAUCUGAGAAGGGAUCCUGCAGGCAUGUUUGGUCACAUGUUGCCCUUGGAUCUCUCCUCAUGUAGUAGGAAUGAUGUUCUUGUCUUCACUCCUUGGCUGGCUCCCAUCAUCUGGGAGGGGACCUUCAACAUCGACAUACUGAAUGAGCAGUUCAAGCUUCAGAAUACCACAAUUGGACUGACUGUGUUUGCCAUCAAAAAGUAUGUGGUGUUCCUGAAACUCUUCCUGGAGACGGCAGAGCAGCACUUCAUGGUGGGACACAAGGUCAUCUACUAUGUGUUCACUGACCGGCCAGCUGAUGUCCCACAGGUGCUCCUGGGCGCAGGACGGCGGCUGGUGGUGCUAACUGUGCGCAACUACACCCGCUGGCAGGAUGUGUCCAUGCACAGGAUGGAGAUGAUCAGCCACUUCUCAGAGCAGCGCUUUCAGCAUGAGGUGGAUUACCUCGUGUGUGGAGAUGUGGACAUGAAGUUCAGGGACCACGUGGGUGUGGAGAUCCUCUCAGCGCUCUUUGGCACCCUGCAUCCUGGCUUCUACCGUAGCCGACGAGAGUCCUUUACCUAUGAGCGCCGGCCAAAGUCCCAGGCCUACAUCCCCAGGGAUGAGGGUGACUUUUACUAUGCAGGGGGUUUCUUUGGGGGGUCAGUGGUGGAGGUGCACCAUCUCACCAAGGCCUGCCACCAGGCUAUGGUGGAGGACCAGGCCAAUGGUAUUGAGGCCGUGUGGCAUGACGAGAGCCAUUUGAACAAGUACCUGCUAUACCAUAAGCCUACAAAGGUGCUGUCCCCAGAGUAUGUGUGGGACCAGAAGCUGCUGGGCUGGCCCUCCAUCAUGAAGAAGCUGAGAUAUGUGGCUGUGCCCAAGAACCAUCAGGCGAUCAGGAACUGAUAGCUGAAUCCCUGUUGGAGAGGCCAUACCUGUAGCCAAUCUGUGGAAGGAUUUGAGAGACAUUGCUUACUGUCACUUUCUAUUUCACCUCAGAGUCCAGCAGAGCCCAGAACCACUUGGCUUACCACAUAUUGAGUCCCUGGUGUGUCAACCACCUUCAUCUCCCAUGUAUCUCCUUGUAUUUAAUGAGCUGGUAGAGCCUUCAAAACAUGGGAGAAACUGUCAUGCAGUUACCUGGUGGCCCUUGCAUCCUCAGUUUGGGUUGUUCCUUCCUCUUCUGUGAGGAUUGACAGAGGGCUAGUGCCCAUAGGAAUAGACAGGAAGGCAAAGAGAGUCAUCCUAAAGGCACCAGAUGUUCUUAUCUUAUGUUCAGCUCUGAUGGGGCCAAGCAGCACCUUGUGCCCAGUGCCUCUCCUCAUGUUAGGCUUAUCUGUUAAUGGCUAGUUAUUCUUUCCUUGGAAUAAAUGUAUCUCUACAUGA